AUGGAGGACCCCACCAACAAAGGAGAGGAGUCGUCAAAGAAGGCUCCCGCGGCGCCGUCAUCUUCCAGCGGGAGGAGAGCGAAAGAGGUUUCAGUCAACGCCGUCAACACGGCGCAUAAGGCGCCACAACAAUAUUCGGUGAAUCUCACAACCGCACCGACCACCGCUCCUACCUACUUUCCCCCGCCUCCGCAGCACCAACUUCAGUCGAUCUACUAUUCGGCCCCACCUGUCCCACCGCCGACGACCUCACAGUCAUAUGACCACUUUACGCCCGCCCCCGCUCAACCCUCUCAACCCAGGCCCCCGGUGUCGAGAACUCCUCCACCGACGCAACAGAACCCUGCUUCGCAGGGUCAACAGGCCGGCGGUGCACCGAGCCAACCCCGCAAACAAUACUCACCGCUGCUUGCUCCUUUCUCUCACAUAUAUUGGCAGCUCUUGGCAGGAGAUCAGAUUCAACCGAUAUCCCCGGGUCCGAACUUCGACCCGUCCGUCCGGGACCAAUCCAAACGCUGCGAAUACCAUCAGGGCACACCGGGGCCAUCCAUCAACAUGAUCUCUGUAUGCGUCUCGGAGAGGGACGAAGAAACGCAGGGGACUCCCCCUCCCUUUGUAAUCAAUUACACUCCCGAGGAACUCACAGUCGAGUUCACGGGACACGCGGCCUCACCGGCCCCAUUCGUCGUUGACGUCCCCGCUCGGGAGCCGUAUUCAGAUAGCAAGGUCCCCUGGACCUACGAAGGAAGCAUCGGGAGCGUUGAGCAGCAAUUCAGUGUCAUGGGGUUGACACGCUCAGGACGGGUAGAUGAGAACCCGACGGCCAAGGACAAAGGGAAAGCACCCGCUGUUGGAGACGGGGCGACUCCCGAAAGAUCACCCUUCCCGUCCAAGAAG